AGUCAGCACGCGGCUGUACCCUGAGGUGAACCAUGUCGUCAACACAAAACCAGAGCUGCGUUUUAUCCGCUCACAGUAUUUACAACUUCCGACUUCCGACCAUGUUAGCGGGUCUGCGCAGGCGUGACAGGACUGCGCAAUAAAAGUCACUCAGAUAUAAAGCUCAAUAUAAAGCUCUGACUGAUAAUAGCGUCAGCGUUUGUCUGAGCGUUAGUAAAGUGGACGCAGAGACUGACGAAGAGACGUCGACUCAACAGCAAACAUGUCGAAGCCCGGCAGCGCCGAGGGCCACGCGAGGGCCCCCGCCGGGGCCAAGCGGUUCAUCAGUGGAGUCGUGGAAGGUUUUUAUGGGCGACCAUGGACUAUGGAGCAGAGAACGGAGCUGUUUAAAAGAGAGCAGAAGUGGGGUUUGAACACGUACCUUUACGCCCCCAAGGAUGACUACAAACACAGGAUGUAUUGGAGGGAUCUGUACUCUGCAGAGGAGGCAGGUCAACUCAUCGCCCUGAUAUCAGCAGCUAAACAGCACGACGUUGACUUCAUCUAUGCAAUCUCUCCGGGCCUGGACAUCACUUUCUCCAACCCCAAAGAGGUUGCCGCCCUGAAGAGGAAACUGGAUCAGGUGAGGCAGUUUGGCUGCAGCUCCUUCUCUUUGCUGUUCGAUGACAUUGAGACGGACAUGUGUCCAGCUGAUAAGCAGGCCUUCAGCUCCUUCGCCCACGCCCAGGUGGCCAUCACAAAUGCAGUGUUCCAGCACCUGGGUGACCCUGAGACCUUCCUCUUCUGUCCGACAGAUUAUUGUGCUGCAUUCUGUACUCCCAGUGUGUCCCAGUCCUCCUACCUGCACACGGUGGGAGAGAAGCUGCUGCCUGGGAUAGACGUACUGUGGACUGGUCCCAAAGUGGUAUCUCACAAAAUCUCUGUGGAGUCCAUAGACGAGGUGUCCUCCGUCCUGAAGAGGGCGCCAGUCAUCUGGGACAAUAUCCACGCAAACGACUAUGACCCCCAAAGGAUUUUCCUCGGACCCUUUAAGGAUCGUCCCACUGAGCUUAUUCUCAAACUGGGAGGAGUGCUCACCAAUCCAAACUGUGAGUUCCACCCAAACUUUGUGGCCAUCCACACCUUGGCUACAUGGUGCAAAGCAACCGCCGAUGGAGCACAGAGGGAUGUGGAAAUGGACGAUGAGGAGCAGGACCCCUGCUACAGCCCCCAGGAAGCCCUGACCCUGGCCCUCACUGACUGGCUGCAGGAGUUUCUGAGCAGCGAUCAACCCGGCGGCCGCUGUCGUCCUCCAGCUCGUCUCAAGAAGGAGUCGUCGGGUGAGGAGCCCAUGCAGACAGACGUGGGGGAGGGCUCCUAUGUUCCUGGACCCGGGGAGAACCCGCUCUACACAGCAGAGCCCCUGACUCUGGAUGACCUGAAGCUGCUGUCCGACCUCUUCCACCUGCCGUAUGAACACGGCCCGACAGCCAGGACCAUGCUGCAGGAGCUGGACUGGCUCAAGAAACACAGUUGGGCCGUCACCGCAGAGACGGACAUGACUGCAGAGUGGCGCUCCAAAGCGCAGCAGUUUGAUGGCAUGUGUGAAGCGGUGGUGCAGAUGUUCAAUCGUCUGUCAAACGCCCCGAACCGCAGCAUUCUGUACGACCUCUACAACUACAUCUGUGACAUCAAGAGUGGGGUCGGUCUGGCUCGGGCCUACGUGAAAACACUCGGAGGGCAGGGUGGACCCUCAGUCCAGCCGAUGAACGACGAUCCUGAACCCUGGGGCUUCAGAGGAGGCCUCUCUGGAGAGUUCCAGAGAAUGCUGCCUUGCCACGGAAACAGGGACCUGUUCAGACAUCCUCCCAUGACGGCGGUUUACAGCAUACGGCCGCACUGCACUGAGGACAAGCUGGAAGUGCAAAGGAUUUUCAGGGAGCUGCAGAGCGCAGGAGAGGGCAAAGCCCCCUUGAUGAUGCAGCCUCCACUUAUCUGUGACGGCCUGUCAGCGGGGGAGAUCUCCCCUUCCCCUCAGUGCGCUCUUGUCCUGGAGGAUGAGAUCGGGGUGUGUGGCUACGGCCUGGCUCUCAUCGACGCCAAACCAGCCGCAACCAAGAUUCAGAGGGCAGUAAGUGAAUCAGUGUUGAAGGACUUCCCCUCUCUGGUUACCAUACGAGUGCUGCCCCGGGUUACUGAUCCCUCUCCAGCCAAGCGCAUGAUUGGUCAGCUGUUGUCCUCCAUCAGGAGCAGUGGUUCCAGAGGAGUUUUCUGUGAGUUGAGGCAGAACGAUCGGAGGAUGCUCGACUUCUACAGUAAACUGAGCUCCUUCAAACCCAUAAAAACAGCCAGUCUACCCCACGACAUCGUCGCCAUGGGAACAAGCUUGUGAACCAGAUGAGUCACAAGUGUCUUCAUCAGGUUGCUUACUGUGCAGCACGUCAAACUGGAAUUCGUCAUUUUUGAUCGGUUAAUAUCAUUAUCUGUAUAAUUUAGAUGUCAUCAUUUGCUAAUGUUCUCAUACAAAGUAACAUUAGUCAAUGAAAUGUGUGCAACAAUGUACUAUAAUGAGAGUGUAAUGUAAUACGACUCUUUGUAGACAUGAACAUUUUUAAAUGGAACGUCAUUCUUUUUUUAGAUAAAUGAGUUGUUUUAACCCAGCACAAUACAAAUGUCAACAUAUUGUUGCAUCUGUCAGACACAUUAAAAACAAGAUUUACAUAACAAAACAUUUAAACGAGAAGAUUUUUAUUUGCAUUUUGAAAGGAUACAAAAUAAACAUGGUUUC